AUGCUCCACCCUUCUUACGAAAUGUCUUCAACGCCUCAACCCAUAGAGCCUCUUUCCAGCUCACCCACCAUCGAAUAUCAUCCCUGGUCUUCGCAUCAAGAACAAGAGUUGCGUGGACAGUCGUCACGAUCACAACUCAUUAUCCCGACAAACGAAUCAGUUUCGUUCCAUACAGCUUACUCGCACGAUCAUCAUCAGAUAGACUAUUGGGAGCAACCUGCUCUACAGCCCUCAAGACCCAUCUUCACACAUAUGUCCAAGCGGGAGAUGGAGUCACCGACCCUUAGCGGCACCGAUGAGGUGCACGAGGAUGUCAGUGCCGUCGUUCGCAACAACUUGCAAGAAUAUGGAUUGCACGAUGCUCGUGGCAAAAAGACGCUCAAGUUCUGGAUUCUCAUCCUGGCCUUUUCCAUCACGGUAAUGUUGACUGCCUUGGAUAUGACCAUGAUCUCCACUGCGUUGCCUUCCAUUGUCAAGGAUCUGCCAAUGUCGACGAUCGCCGGCGGGUGGGUGACCUCCUCGUAUCUCCUAACCGUGACAGCCUUUCAACCCAUGUUUGGCGGAAUGUCCUGCGUGAUCGGUCGAAGAUGGUCGCUCGUGUUCGCAGUGAUCCUCUUCCUCGGUGGAAGCGUGAUCUGCGGCUGCGCGAACAGCAUCCUUCUGCUUGUCGUCGGACGCGGUGUUCAGGGCCUCGGAGGUGGCGGAAUUCAAGCAAUUGGUGAAAUCACCAUCUCGGACAUCACCACGCUUCGCGAACGAGGUUUCUUCGUCGGCAUCUUUGGCUUGGUAUUCGCUGUCGCCUCGUUUAUCGCGCCUGUACUCGGUGGCUACUUCAGCGACCACGACUGGCGCUGGAUCUUCUGGAUCAACAUCCCCAUCGGAGCCGUUGCGCUGAUCAUGCUCGUCCCUACGAUGAACCUCCCCGUGCCUUCAAUGCCGCUCAAGACCAAGAUCGCCAAGAUGGACGUUGUCGCCAAUACGGUGCUGCUGGGAAGCGUUGUCAGCAUCUUGAUCGCGGUCACCGAAGGAGGCGUGUCGCACCCGUGGUCGAGCGCCCGUAUUUGGGUACCCAUGGCCAUUGGUAUGGUUGGUUUCUUCCUCUUCCUAGCGAUCGAAUUUGUGCCGAACAGGCUCAGCACGCAUCCUGUCUUGCCAGCUAGACUCUUUGGCAACCGUACAGCAUGUUCGGCGUUCCUAAUGACGUUCUUGCAUGGCAUCGCCACGUAUGGAGCCAUCUACGCGCUUCCGAUCUACUUCCAGUCGAUUAAGGAUCAGAAGCCGCUCAAAUCGGCUGUUUCCACGUUCCCUUCCACUGCUCCGACCGCGCCCUUUGCCAUAGUCGCUGGUAUCAUUAUGGCCGUCACUGGCAAGUACAAGGACCUCACCUUCAUCGGAUGGGCUUUCACCGCCGGAGGAUUCGGAUGGAUGACCCGCUUCCAGACGGGCACGUCGGAAUGGGAGCUCGUCGUCGCCCAGAUCGUCACCGGCGUCGGUAUUGGUAUCCUGUUCGCUAUCACUCUGCCGCCUAUCCAGGCCAGUCUGCCGAUCGAAGAGCUCGAAACCGCCACUGCGACGUAUGCCUUUUGUCGGUCGUUCGGCGCCAUCUGGGGUAUCGCCAUCACGACAUCGGUGCUCACGGCGCAUGUCAGCAGCAAGCUCGGCUCGCUUCCUCAAGCGGCCGAGCUGGGUCUGACGGGUCCCACUGUGCUGGGCUACGUGGAGAACAUCAAGAAUCUGCCUGAACCCAUCCGCGAGCAGGUCAGGCAGAUGUACGCGGACGGUCUGCAAAAGGCUAUGUACGCCUUCCUGCCUAUCGUUGUAGUCGGGUUCGCUUGUUGUUUCUUCAUCAAAGAUCUGCCCUUGCCCGAUUUCAUCCGAGGCACCGACGACGGCAGUACCGAAGAGCAACGACAACAGCAGCAGGAGGCGCAGAUCGUGACCACUCACCAGGUUUCGUUCCACAGCUCACCUGCAUCCUCCUAUGAACCUUACCGAGAGAAGCACAGCCCGGGAAGUCCUCACGAUGACACACUCGUUGGCUCUGCUUCGGACCACUCCCAUCGCUCUCAGCGUCAGCUCGAGAACCACAGCAUACCAUCAAAGUCAAGCAUGCAGCAGGUCUCGAGCUUCCCUGACGCGUACGCCACAGAUGCGUACCAACCCAGGGCCUCAACUCCGCAUGCAAGGCAAUCAUCGGAGGCUACAAUGGGCGAGGAUGGGUACGGCGGCAUUGUCGCCCCUGAAAGAGCCCAUUGGUAG